CCUGCAGCCCCGACGCUCUGCGCCACUCCUGCUCGCGGCCACCGCCGCCCGGAGAGACGGACAGGCAGCACCGUGCCCUGGACAUGCCCGCCGCUCGCGCUAUCUGAGCUGACUUCCCCGCCUCCCGCCCCACCGCCUCCCCGGGAGACGUCGGAGCCACUUUGCAGCGGGCUCCGGAUGGUGAGCGUGCCGCCCGCGCUCGCCCCUUGCUGACACCGCCGACCGCCCCCCACCGUUCCGGCCGGCCGGGCUGAUCUCGGCGCGGGCAGCCAUUAUUGGAUGUCCAGUGACUGAGAACCCAGAUUUUUAGCUUUGUUGUUAUUAUUAUGCCAUUGGAGAUGGAGCCUAAAAUGAGCAAACUGGCUUUUGGGUGUCAGAGAAGUUCCACGUCAGACGAUGACUCAGGCUGUGCGCUGGAGGAGUAUGCCUGGGUCCCGCCAGGCCUUAGGCCAGAGCAGAUUCAGCUUUAUUUUGCAUGCCUUCCAGAAGAAAAGGUUCCUUAUGUCAAUAGCCCUGGAGAGAAACAUCGGAUUAAACAGCUUUUAUACCAGCUGCCACCACACGAUAAUGAGGUACGGUAUUGCCAGUCCCUGAGUGAGGAGGAGAAGAAAGAAUUGCAGGUGUUCAGUGCUCAGCGGAAGAAAGAAGCUCUUGGAAGAGGAACUAUUAAACUCUUAUCCAGAGCAGUGAUGCAUGCUGUAUGUGAGCAGUGUGGACUGAAGAUAAAUGGAGGUGAAGUGGCUGUGUUUGCUUCCCGUGCGGGCCCUGGUGUGUGCUGGCACCCAUCCUGUUUUGUCUGCUUCACGUGUAAUGAGCUACUGGUCGACCUCAUCUAUUUUUAUCAGGAUGGGAAAAUUCACUGUGGCAGGCACCAUGCUGAACUGCUCAAACCACGGUGCUCGGCAUGUGACGAGAUAAUUUUUGCUGAUGAGUGCACAGAAGCUGAGGGGCGCCACUGGCACAUGAAACACUUCUGCUGCCUCGAGUGUGAGACAGUGCUGGGAGGACAGAGGUACAUCAUGAAGGAUGGCCGCCCCUUCUGUUGCGGCUGCUUUGAGUCUCUCUACGCUGAGUACUGUGAAACCUGUGGGGAACAUAUCGGUGUUGACCACGCACAGAUGACCUAUGAUGGGCAGCACUGGCAUGCCACGGAAGCAUGCUUCUCCUGUGCCCAGUGCAAGGCUUCUUUGUUGGGCUGUCCCUUCCUUCCUAAACAAGGCCAGAUUUAUUGCUCCAAAACCUGCAGCCUUGGUGAAGAUGUCCAUGCCUCCGAUUCUUCUGACUCUGCAUUCCAGUCAGCCCGAUCAAGGGACUCCAGGAGGAGUGUCCGCAUGGGCAAAAGCAGUCGGUCAGCUGAUCAGUGCAGACAGUCCCUUCUCUUAUCCCCAGCUCUGAACUACAAGUUUCCGGGCCUUUCAGGCAAUGCCGAGGAUACCCUUUCUCGGAAGCUAGAUGACCUGAAUCUUUCCAGGCAAGGGGCAAGUUACGCCAAUGACGAAUUCUGGAAAGGCAGAGUAGAACAAGAAACUCCCGAAGACCCCGAAGAAUGGGCAGAGCAUGAAGAUUAUAUGACACAGCUCCUCCUCAAGUUCGGUGAUAAAAGCCUCUUUCAGCAACAGUCCAGUGAGAUGGAUAUAAGAGCCAAUGAGCACUGGAUAUCUGAUAACAUGGUUAAAAACAAGACCGAGUUAAAGCAAAAUCAUCAGAGCCUUGCAAGUAAAAAAUACCAAUCUGAUAUGUACUGGGCCCAGUCACAAGAUGGACUGGGUGAUUCUGCAUAUGGCAGCCACCCUGGCCCUGCAAGCAGUCGGAGGCUCCAGGAACUGGAUCUGGACCACGGUGCCUCAGGAUAUAAUCAUGAACAAACGCAGUGGUAUGAAGAUUCUCUGGAGUGCUUGUCAGACUUGAAACCAGAGCAAAGUGUUCGAGAUUCUCUGGAUUCUUUGGCUUUGUCUAAUAUCACAGGGGCUUCUGUGGAUGGAGAAAGCAAGCCCAGGCCAUCCUUAUAUUCUCUACAAAACUUUGAGGAGAUGGAGGCCGAUGAGUGUGAGAAGAUGAGCAAUAUGGGGACUCUGAACUCCUCCAUGCUGCACAGGAGUGCAGAGUCUUUAAAAAGUCUAAGUUCAGAGUUGUGUCCAGAAAAAAUCAUACCUGAGGAGAAACCUGCACACCUGCCGGUGCUCAGAAGAUCCAAGUCUCAGUCCAGACCACAGCAGGUAAAGUUUUCGGACGAUGUCAUCGACAAUGGCAGCUACGACAACCUGGAGAUCCGGCAGCCACCAAUGAGUGAGAGGACUCGGAGACGGGUCUACCAUUUUGAAGAGCGAGGAUCCAGGCCCCACCACAAUCGUCGCCGGAGAAGUCGCAAGUCCCGCUCUGACAAUGCCCUGAAUCUCGUCACGGAGAGGAAAUACACGCCAAAGGACCGACUGCGGCUCUACACUCCGGAUAACUAUGAGAAGUUCAUACAGAAUAAAAGCGCCCGCGAGAUCCAAGCGUACAUCCAGAACGCAGAUCUGUAUGGACAGUACGCGCAUGCCACGUCCGACUACGCACUGCAAAACCCAGGGCUGAAUCGGUUUCUGGGUCUGUACGGAGAGGACGAGGACUCCUGGGGCUCCUCCUCCUCCUCCUCCUCCGACUCGGAGGAAGAAGGAUAUUUUCUUGGACAACCAAUCCCUCAGCCCAGGCCUCAGAGAUUCACCUAUUACACAGACGACCUUUCCAGUCCAGCUUCUGCACUGCCCACCCCUCAGUUUAGUCAGAGGACAACGAAAUCCAAGAAGAAAAAGGGACACAAGGGCAAAAACUGUAUUAUUUCUUAACUAAGUAGCUAUGGAGAUCAUUUGUUAUUAAGUCUAGCCACGAACUAGUGGACUUUUAUUCUUCUGUAGGAAAAGUUGCUCAAAUAGUUUUAAAGUGCUUUCUUUGCCCAUGUAAAUGAGAACCCUACUGCUGUUUACAGUGUCAGAUAACAUUAAGGUGUGGUUUCUCCAGUUACCUUCCUUGGAUGGGGCCAAGGUGUAUCUUGUGCCUGUGACAGGUAUAGUUGUUUCCUAGAGCUACUUUGGUUUCCAACCCACAUGAGUAUGCAUACCCAAGAAACUGGUCACCAGGUGAUUGGACCGAGUGGCCCUCUUGGAAGAUGGAGAGCUCCAGCCACCUUUGUAAAGCAAUAGUGUUUGUCAUUCCAUAAGUCAGUCAGGUUGGCUCAGGUCCUGAUUGGUCCUUGUUGUGAGGCAUGCAUGUCGUCACACAGACCUAGCUAACACUGUGCAUCCCUAUUGUACGAGGCCACCUUGUCCCCUCUUGGGCCUGGACUAGCCAGGUGAACAUUGUUAUUGUAUUAGUUCCAGCUACAGAUUGAGAAAGGAAAAAAAAAAUCGCUAUUUAUAAUGUAGAACUUCCUAGACUUAAGUGUAUUCCUAAUUUAACGGUGCAAAUAUUAAUGUAUAUACUGUACAGUUCAGAUUUUAAAGCUGAUAUUUUUAUAUCCCUGAAUUGCAAGAUGUUUGUUACACUGCAGUGCAUAGAUUCAUUAGGGAAUCAGAAGUGGCAUUUACAGAUGAAACGACUGCUUGUAUCUUAGUCAGGGUUUAUAAGUUUAGAUGAUCAAAUUUAUAUUGCCUAGUGAUGGAAAGCUGUUUUUUUUUUUUGGAUUUGAUUUUUGAAUUUUAAAAAAAGGCUCUGUAUGCAUGGUGGGGCUGUGUAAAUACUCUUGAAAACCAUGGCCCUAUUAAUCUUACGAGUGUUAUUUAUGGGUCAAGCAAUGUAAACUGUAUAAAUGUAAAAACAAACUAAAAAGAAAAAAAAAGAAAAAUCUCCAUACAUACCCUUGGAAUAUAUGGUAAAAACAAGUAGAAGCUGUCUGGAUGUUUUUCCCUUGGGGUAGGCGGUGCUUGAGCAAGGUAAUAGGUAUCUUGUGGG